UCUCUCUCUGUCUCUCUCUCUCUGUCGGCAUCCCCAUCCCCCACCCAUUGCCUGAGUGAGAAUCUCUGUUCCCAACGCCGCUCGGAAGCCCGAAAAUCUCUGGAGCAGAGCGAGUUUACAAAUAGACAACCAACGGUCAUCAACGUGAAUCUACGAUCUUGAAGAGACAGCAAACCCUGAAAUAUUAGAUCAUAAAUCACUUCAAAUACCACGUUUUGUUGAUUUGCAUAUCCACUCCCACCUCCUUCCUCAUUUGCAUACAGCAAGAAUGGCGAGCGGGCACCCUACUGACAAAUACAGUUUCAUGUACCAACCAGACACGCACAAGAGUAAGAACAGGUUACCCUCCAGUAUGAAUCCUGUCUACAGCCCAGUCCAGCCCGGUGCCCCCUACGGAAACCCGAAGAACAUGGCCUACACAGGCUACCCUGCAGGGUACCCGACGGCCGCCCCCACCUACACCCCCAACCUCUACCAGACAGGCAGCCCUGGAUAUCCCCCAGGAUAUACUGCAGCAGGUACUCCAUAUAAAGUGCCUCCCACCCAGACGAACGGGGCCCCCCCACCGUACACCCCUUCCCCCAACCCCUACCCCACAACCAUGUACCCCAUCCGCAGUGCCUACCCUCAGCAGAACCUCUAUGCACAGGGAGCCUACUAUACCCAGCCAGUGUAUGCAGCCCAGCCUCAUGUGAUCCACCACACCACCGUGGUGCAGCCCAACAGCAUGCCCUCCGCCCUCUACCCCGCGCCCGUCUCCGCUCCCCGGAACAACGGCAUGGCCGCCAUGGGCAUGGUCGCCGGGACAACCAUGGCCAUGAGCGCCGGCACACUGCUGACCACGCCCCAACACCCUCAGAUCGGAGCGCACCAGGUAACCAUGCCAACCUACAGGCCUCAAGGAACACCUGGAUACAGCUAUGUCCCCCCCCACUGGUAGAGCCCCCAACCACAGCCUCAUAUCUGGAGUCCAACAUCAUAUGCAACUACUCGAGUCUUAUGCGGGCUUCUACUGGUUACCAUGGAAACCCUGCACCUGUCUGCAAGAACAAGAACCUAAAGUGCAACUGCCACUUUAUACAUUCACUAGUGUUUAUACAACAACAACAAAAAGCUGCUUGUUUUUAUUAUUUUUCACUCUUUUUCUUUCGUCUUUUAUUUGCCAAUUUGAAAUCGUCUACAAUUCUUUUAAUUGUUUCUCUUGAUAUACCUUUCAUUCCUCCACAAUGUCAUUCCUUCAACUCCAGAGUGAUAACGGGUGUGUGUUGUUCUGCUGGUGUUCUGCGUUCUGUCUGUGGGUUCUCCCUGACGGUGCACUGAGCACUCAAAUCAUCUCCACGAUAUUCAUCGUCAUACUCAACAACAACAAAAACGCUACGCUGCCAAUUUACCCAACCACGGUAUCAGCGCAGGGUUUGGAUUUCAUUUAUUUGGACACUCCUUUAAAUCGUGUCUUUCCCCCCCCCUCGUCUGUUCUUUUUCAUUGAGGCGGAUUGAUCUGUGGCUGACUCCUCCACCUCUUCCAUCUGUGUUCAUCCUCUUUUCUGGUCGUCAUCCUUUGUUUCAUUCCUCUGGUGUCAGUUGGUGGACCACUUUGGACGAAGGUAGUCUUCCGGCGUCUGUCUAGCCGUCUCCUGACCAGACGCUGCUGUUAGAACAUGGUGGACUGUCCCAGCCAGAGCCACAGCACUUACACUGCACACUACCCUGGAAGUGUCCCAGUGUUCACACUAGCUCACUUAAUUAUGCAGGACCCUUCUAGCUUCACACCAUGUUAUUUACUCGGUCUGUAUGUUGGCAAUUUGGCCUGCUUUGGAAACUACAUUCCGCUUUUUUUUUAUGUCAGGCUAGCGUAGGCUGAUGAAUUAUUGACCCAAGAUGUGGCUGUGUUUGUAUAACACUGCGUGCUCAUGGCGUGGUCACUCAGUCACAUACUUUUAACAUGCGCACACACACCCACACGUUAUAAAGGCUUGGUCCUAUUUAAACCAGAAAGAGGCGCUUCAUUCUGUCUCUUGACGUUGCUAAAUUGAAGACACGCCAACACACACACACAACAUAAGUAAAGGUGCCAUGUGGGGACACGCCACUCAAAGCGUUUCCUGUGGUGCAGAGAUAAAGGGAUUAGGUAGUAGUACUGGGUGGAUGGAGGGAUGGGGGGGGGGGGCAGGGGGGUGGAGUGGCCUGCUGGGUGAAACCCAAGCCGUGUUUCAGGGCAUAGCAGCAGGAAUCCUGGGAUAUGUAGGCUCUUAGGAGCAACGCUACAGGUCGUAGCAACAUAUUUACACAGAGGAAACCAAGUUGUUCAUUGCAAUAAACCGGAGGGAAUGCUUCCCAGGCAUCGUUUUAUGACCGUUUGAAAGUGGAACUGCAAUUCUUUAGCAGGAAAAAACUUUCUGUUAAAAUAACAAGAAUCAGCCAUAAUUAUGAAAUGUGGGUGUUGAAUCCAGCCCCCCCACCCAGUCCUUGGUAAUGAACAGUUACUGUAAUAAACAUAUCAAAAAAGUUAUGGAAUAUCUUCGUGAAGAAUUGUUGCACAAACAAGCAAAAACAUGACAAUUCAUACUGAAGUGCAGGUAGUUUAAAAAAAAAGGGCGGUUUUUAUUGUGAUAUAAUUAAACAAAACGAUAAAAUCAGUGUUUGAGAGAUUUAGUCCUGAUAAUAUUUGUAGUUGUAGAAUAGGCUAAUACUCAACAAAUGCGUGUAUGGUUUCUAUUCAUAAGUAUCUUAUUUAAUCAACCACUCUGUUGGUGUUUUCACUUGGCAACGGGUGGAAGGUGUUUUAAGUCUAUCGUUUAAUUUUCCGUCAGUGGUUUUUUUGAGCUUAUGGGUCAGCGUCAUUCAGGUGUAGUACGCACUAGUGUCGGUUCUAACGAGAAGAGCAGUAUAUUUAUAGUGAGUGCUGCAGUAAUAUGUUCUAGCAAAGCAUGGUUGCAUCAACAUGGCAGCUACUGUUUGUCUUAUUGAUAUUUCCAAAUUUUUGAAAAGCUAUAUUCAAUAGUCUAAUCUCUAAGGGAGAGAGAGAGAUGUUCAUGAAUCUUAAUUUUGAGCCCCUCUUUGUGCCAUAUGUUAGUAGCUGUCAAUAAGGUAACUGAAGUCUUGUUUUGGUAUCUGGUCUCUGGUCUUUACUCUAAUGGUGGGGUCUCUCGUUCAGCCAUUGGCUUCAUUUGAGCUUCCUGUGUUGUCUGUCAGGUCUGUGUGUGUGCGCCUGGUGUGGUGUUCGUCUACUGUCAAAGUGAUGUGUUCUGCAGACCCCUCCAUCAAACCCCAAUGUUCUCCUUGCUCUGUUCGUUCAUUUCGACUUCGGCCCACAAUGAACCCCAGCACCCUCCGCAGAACGUCCACAUUCAGCCCAGUCUAUGUCCCAGCAUCAGUCUAAAAUGUUCUCAGAAAUUGUGAAUUACUGGUCUAAUACACUCCACCCGUUUAAUAACUGAUCCACAUACCCUUCCCAGGGUGUAGGUGGCGCUGUUGUCACAUGGCUUACAUACACCUCAUCCUGCAAGCUCUGAACUCCCAUUAGGUGAAGGUAAUUUCAUUAGAAUUCUGCCUGAACUUUCACCUGCACUUAUUGAAAGGAUUUACAGACGCAUUGUGUUUUGGGGGGAAUUGACGUCUUCAUCAUCGUGGUCUUAAUCAACAAUUUCCUCACUGUUUAUACAUCAUUCCAACUCUGAAGGCAUUUCCAAAAAAUUAAAAGAUGUAAACUUGGAACAAGGAUAAUUGUGCUUUCUGUUCCCUUUUUCUUCUAUUCUGUACUGCACCCAUUCUGCUCUAGUCUCUCUCUCUCUCUCUCUGCCUUGCAGUUGUAACAUUUGAGCAGUUUUCAUAAACUCUUAACUACUGUCAAAGGAAUAGUAGACUCAUCGUCUUCAAUGUUCUACAGCUUUUAAUUUUGGUUGUCGAGAGAUUUAUGAACUUCAAAUUUGACAGUAAAUGUGAUGCAAAAAGUGGAAUUUCCUUGUCUUCCAUUCUACUUUUGUCCCUGGAGCGAAAUAAGGAACAACCCACCCUCGAAGUUUGGUACCCAGUUUGCACAAACUAUGGUUAACGUUACCAUGCAGUUGUGGCAGACUAUGGCACAACGUUUUUUUGGGAACGUUGUGAGAACUGAAUUGUAUGUUAGCUAUUGGUCCAGUGUUUAGGACCGACAUCAGGCUUGUGAUAUGAAGUGUAAAUCUGUUUUUAAUUUGGGUUUUUAAAUGUUUUUGUUCACUUUUUUGUUUUUUUGUUUUGUUUUUUAGAUCAGUUAGUGAUCUUAGUUAUAACUAAGCCAAGUUUGUAAUUGUAUAAUAUUUACUGUAAGAUGUAGAACAUUGAAUAACUAUUAAAAUUUUCCUAUAAAAGGAACCCCA